GGAUGUUAAAGAACAAGCCUGCAGCGACAAUAAAAGGUCACCAAGGUCCAGUAAAUCAGGUUAACUACAAUUCAAAUGGUGAAUAUUGCUCGUCUGCUGGAGAUGACAAGACUAUCAUUUUAUGGAAUCCCCUAGAUGGGGUCAAGUUGAAGGUGUACAAUGGCCAUGGACAAAGUGUUCGUGAUGUCGUUUCUUCCCAUGAUAACUGUAAUCUUGGUUCAGCCAGCGCAGAUAGGUGCGCUUUCUAUUGGGAUGUGGCCAGUGGUACUAUACUAAGAAGGUUCCGAGGGCAUGACUCAGUUGUGAAUUGUGUCAAGUUUAACAAAUCAUCAAACAUGCUGUUAUCUGGUGGAAAUGAUUCCACAGUUAGGAUCAUGGACCUUAAAUCAAGAUCUUAUGAAGCUGUUCAAAUAUUAGAUGAUGCAAAAGAUUCUAUCACAAGUAUUGAUAUCACAGAUGACGAAAUAACAGUUGGCUCAGUUGAUGGCCGUAUAAGAAUAUAUGAUAUUCGAAUGGGAAAACUUCAUGAGGAUUUUGUAGGUGAAUCAAUAACAAAUGUUUGUUUUUCCAAUGAUAACCAAUCAGUCAUAGUAAAUUCAACUGACAAUACUGUCAGAUUAAUUGAUAAAACAAGUGGUCAACUGUUGAAUGAUUACACUGGACAUGUUCACACCAAACUGCAACUCCAAGCUGUUUCAUGGUAUGAUGACAGUGCUAUACUCAGUGUCUGUGAAAAAUCUAAAGUUUUUAUCUGGGACUUAAUCGGAGGAGAAGUGAAACAGACAUUAGAGCUUCCUGCACUAUCUCAAACUCUGUCAGUGCAUCCUUCUAGGUACCAACUUCUUACUGGUGAUAUAUCUGGACAAAUUAAUUUGUGGAUAACUAAGGGGGAGAAAAACCCAGAGAAACAUGAGGGAGAAAAAAGUAUGUCAAUGUGGGCAUUGCCUCCUCGGUGAAUAUUAUUUUGAUCUGCUGUCAGGCUGAAUGACAGUGCAGUGUUCUUUUAAAUGAAUACUACUUGAAUUUUUAAUUUUUGGUUGAACAAUACAAUUUAUGAUAUUUGAUUUGAAGUUAUCAUGAUAUAACUAUUAAAAUAUUUAAUAUUCUAUUUUCACAUUUGGAUUGCAAAUCCACAUGGUCAAUCGUUUUUUGAGCAAAUUAGCACUUUAAAAAAUGAUUUUAUUAUAAGCCUUGAAAA